AUCACUCUUUAUAUAUAGUAAAAUAUACUAUAGUUUAGUUGCUAUAUAAAUUAAUAUGCUUGCAUUGCGUCGUCUCAGUCAGAACUUAUAUCCAAAGCAUAUCACUAAUUUAAAAAUGUCCCACGUCGGUGAACUGGGCAGCGGUGCCGGCAAAGGCGGUGGGGGUGGAGGUUCCAUACGUGAAGCUGGUGGAUCAUUUGGUAAAAUGGAAGCUGCACGAGAGGAAGAAUUCUUUUAUAAGCAACAAAAGGAACAGCUAAAGAAUCUUAAGACAAAAACCGACACUAAGGCGACAGAGACGAUUAAAAAAUAAAUGAAUAUGAUAUUGUUUUUAAAACGUUUUUCUAUUAUAUAUUAAACUGACAAUGUUAUA